AUGCCGCCCCCAAAGACAAUCUUCACCUCAUACGAGCGAAACGCGCUGAAGGAUAGAUGGGGUUCGCAAGCAACGCGCCUCAAUCGUGAUUCCUUCCUUCCCUUUGGCUCCUGCCAGCUAUGUCUCCUUCCCUCAGUAGAUCCAGUAUGCUGUCCAUCAGGCGAUUUGUUCUGUCGGGAGUGCGCCAUGACAAAUCUUUUGGCUCAACGGAAAGAGAUGAAGCGGCUGGAAAAGGUCAAUGAACGGCAAAAGCUGGAUGAUGAAGACCAAAAGUCACGUGAAGAGGAGGAGGCGCGAUUGCGAGCAGUAGAAGAGUUCGAAGCUGUGCAAAUGGGACUUUCAGUCAAGUCCGGCGCAUCCGCACGAGUCGUGGGGAGGCAGGACGGCAAAAUCAUGGUAGAAGAAGAGCAGGAUGCGAAAGCCGGAGAGGGUAGAGGCACGAAGCGCAAGUUCGAAAUCGACGAGGAGGAACUCAAGCGCAUCGCGACCGAAGAAAGAACCAAGGCAAAACGAACACUAGAUGAAGAGCGCAAAGCUGCAAAAGGCCAUCUACCAAGUUUCUGGGUCCCAGGCGAGACACCAGAUCAACACCACAAAAACGCCGAAAAGGCAAAGCAAACGCCUAUUUGCCCGUGCAGCGAUCCAGAUCAUCCGCACGGCCUAUCCCUCAAGGGCCUCACCAGCGUCAAUUUCCACGAAGAAAAGUCACAAGAGACUGGCAAAUCUAUCCGCACGUGUCCAGCUUGCCAGAAAUCGCUAUCCAACAGCUCAAAAGCUAUGCUCGCCAUUCCUUGCGGCCACGUCCUCUGCAAACCGUGCGUCGACAAGUUUCUCAAGCCCGAGCAUCGACAUCACCGCGAUGCACACGACCAUGGUCCUGAGCCCGAAACGAUACAUUGUUAUGUCUGUGAUGCAGACCUUGCGACAGCACUGGAGGCGAAAGAAGAGAAGAAGAAGAAGAAGGACAAGGAGAGAGCGCCGAAGCCAGGACUGGUAGAGAUUAAGAGUGAAGGGACAGGGUUUGCAAGUGGAGGCAAGGCUGUGAUUAAGAAAGAUGGUGUGGCGUUUCAAGUAUAG